AGCAGGAGGAGUAGCAUCCUGUCGGUGCUUCGGCGGAGCAGGAGGCGAACCAGCUGAGCGACAGAGCAAUGCAGAGAUCCCGGCAGGAUGUCUUUAACCUCCUCCUUCUCCUCCUCCUGGUCCCAGACUCUCCGAGUCCUCCUCCUGUUGCUGCUCCUACUCGCGCCUUCGUGUCUCCUCCACCCGCAGCCUUGUCACCUCCUGACGCAGAUCGGACACUCGGUGCGCGUCGGUGCGCUCUUGCCGGCACAGCGCGCGGCUCGCGUGCGGGUCCAGGCGGCACUAAGUCGCGCAGCGGCAGCUUUGAGACGGGACCGAGAGCGGGACCGGGAUCUGGACCUGGACCUUGACCUGGACCGGGAGCGGGAGCGGGAGCGGAACAACUUACUGCCCUACAACCUGAGUCUGGAGCUGGUUACGCGGCAGCCCGCCAGCGCGGACCCACAAUCCGUGAUUCGGAUCGUGUGUGAGGGCGUGGUGGUGCGGGGAGUCUCCGCCGUGCUUGCCUUCCCGCAGAGCCGCGAGGAGCUGCUACAGGUGGACCUGCUGGCCUCUUACCUGGAGAUCCCGUUCCUCAGCGUGUUUGAGCACGAGGAGCCGCUGCGCACACAGAACCAGUACCACCUGCAGAUGGUGACAGGGGUUCAAGAGUCCAGUCUGUCUGAUCUGUUGCUAACGGUUCUGCAGCGGUCCGGUUGGAGGGAGGGGACUGUGGUUCUAUGUCGGGGCUGGGAGGAAUCCGGUGGUCUCCUGCAGCUGCUGGAUGGUGGGAGCAGUAGCGAUACAUUAUGGGAGGAUGGGGGCCGGGCCACCUGGCGCCUGCGCGCUGUCUUGAACCUGACACAGUCAUCACAUGACGACACUCAGAUUCAUGACUUCCUGUCCCGACACUUCAGGCAGAACCAGUCCUCGCCAGCGUCUGUGCUGCUGUUCGGAGCUGACCCACAAUGCGCAGCAGCAGUUCUACGUAGCGCCCAAGACUUGGGACUCACAUUACCCAUGAUGCACUGGGUUCUAGGUCAGCCACUAAGCCCUGACGCACUGCAUGCAAUCGGACUGCCACUGGGCCUACUGGCAUAUGGUGAAGUUCAGAGGAAACCUUUUGACUUCUACGUCAGAGAUGCCCUGAUGCUCAUCACGAGAGCUGUCACCACAGCAACCAUGGUGAGACCAGACCUGGCUCUGAUCCAAAACAUGAAGAAUUGCUACGACCAGGUGACAUCAUCAGGACAAUACCUGUCCAGGUUCCUAUCCAACACGUCUUUCUCAGGUCUGACAGGUCAGGUCCGGGUCCAGCAGAACCAGUCUCAGGUCCUGACCUCCCAGCGGUUCCACAUAUGGAGCCUGCGGCGGGAUGCGCUGGGUCAGCCCACCUGGGUGACUGUGGGCAGCUGGGAGGGAGGGGAGCUGCAGGUGGAGGACCAGGGAGUCUGGCAGGGACCCAAACCUCCUCACAGGACAGAAGGGGGGGCGGGAAGAAUCAGGGGGCGCUGGAGGGCAGGGAUGCCUGUGGCAGGGAGCCGUGUCCGCGUGGUGACUCUGGUGGAACAUCCCUUUGUGUUCACGCGGGACGUGGAUGAUGAGGGAAGUUGUCCAGCUGGUCAGUUCUGCCUGGACGCAAGCACCAACAGCUCAGAGAUCCUGGAGCGGAUCUUCAGGGAGGUGGCGGGGGGGAAUGGUAGCUUCCUGCCAGCGGAAUACAGCAAAUGUUGCUAUGGUUACUGCAUCGACCUGUUGGAGAAGCUGGCCGAGGACCUGGGCUUCGAGUUUGACCUCUACAUUGUUGGAGACGGGAAGUAUGGUGCGUGGAAGGGGGGGCGUUGGACUGGGCUGGUGGGGGACCUUCUGAACAGACUUGCAGACAUGGCGGUCACCUCCUUCAGCAUCAACUCAGCGCGAAGCCGAGUCAUCGACUUCACCUCGCCCUUCUUCUCCACCAGCCUGGGUAUCCUGGUGCGCAGUAAGGACACGGCAGCCCCUAUCGGAGCCUUCAUGUGGCCCCUGCACUGGUCCAUGUGGGUGGGCAUCUUCCUAGCACUGCAUAUCACGGCACUCUUCCUCACACUUUACGAGUGGAAGAGUCCAUAUGGCAUGACACCUCACGGACGCAACAGGGUCAGGGUGUUUUCAUACUCGUCAGCUCUUAACCUGUGCUAUGCCAUCCUGUUCGGACGCACUGUCUCCUCCAAAACCCCCAAAUGCUGGACUGGCCGAUUCCUGAUGAACCUGUCCAUCUUCUGCCUGCUGGUGCUGUCUAGCUACACUGCCAACCUCGCCGCCGUCAUGGUGGGGGAGAAGACCUUUGAGGAGGUGUCUGGGAUCCAUGACGCAAAGCUGCACCACCCCUGGGGUUUCAGGUUCGGAACAGUGAGGGAGAGCAGUGCUGAGGAUUACAUGAAGAAAAGUUUCCCUGAGAUGCACGAGUACAUGAGACGCUUCAAUGAACCGACUACACCUGAAGGCGUCGCUACUCUCAAAUCCUCCUCAGCUCGAUGCUUUCAUCAUGGACAAAGCUUACUCGACUACGAAGUUUCCAUCGACGCAGACUGUAAACUGGCAACUGUUGGGAAACCAUUUGCCAUCGAAGGUUACGGUAUCGGCCUGCCCCAGAACUCACCUUUAACCUCCAACAUCUCUGAGUUCAUCAGCAGGUACAAGUCAGAAGGGUACAUGGAUUUGCUGCAUGACAAGUGGUACAAAGUGGUGCCAUGUGGGAACCGAGUUUUCGCUGUGACUGAGACUCUGCAGAUGGGGAUCAGUCACUUCUCGGGUCUGUUCGUGUUGCUGUGUGUCGGAGUGGGUGGGGCUUUGCUGACUCUGGCAUGUGAACACGCUUUCUACAAACUCGUCCUGCCGCACAUCCGCCGCCGACAGAACCUGAAGUACUGGCUGCACACCUCACAGAAAAUCCAUCGAGCUCUCAACAUGACCUAUGAUGACGUAAAAAAGCAGCAAGCAGAGAAAGAGAAGAGCUGUAACCUACAGAAGGCUCCGCCCCCUUCGGGUCUACCUGCCCCUCCGGCCCCUGGGGCAUCUGCCAGGUGGAAUAAUGAGACAACUAAGGAGGACGCUGCUGCUGCUGUUAAGGACGCCAAAGACUUCAAACGAGUCCACUUCAACCUGGAGACGCUCAACACCCGCCGCCUACUCGCUCGCAUCGCCAACACUGAUGGCAAGGGAGGCGGAGCCAAAGGUGAGGAAGAGAGGCCAGCCAAGAAACCAGCGGUGCCAAACAGCAGUGUUUGUCAGAAUGGAGGACCAGCUUCAUUAGCCAGUCUGGUGCUGUCCCUUCCUUCAUCUUCCUGUCCUAAAACCUCUGCCCCUCCCUCUAGAGCUAAAGCCCCUCUCCCCAUAACAAAUCCUCCCUCUUCCAUUGUUGCUCCUCCCCCUGCUGUUGUGGCCCCGCCCCAGCCUGGUGAACUGGAGGAGCUCCAGGAGCAGAUCGAGCAGAUGCGGGAGAAGCUGAGGACGGCGUUGGCGAGGAGGGCAGAGAUCCAGACCACUCUAACCAAACCUGCUGUCCCGGAGACAAACAGCACUACUGUAGUUACUAUGACAACAACAGCAACAGCAACAGAAACAUCAACAACAACAACAACAGCAACAGCAACAGCAACAGCAACAACAACAACAACAACACCAACACCUGUCCCUCCCAGACCACCACCUACUGUUGCCCCAGUCACAACACUGCCUGCCAACACUAAGUGUGUGACGACCAUGACAGACCCCCACAAAGUUCUUUCCAAAGUCCGGCCUUUCCAGAGCAGACUGGCCAAUCAGAGGAGGUGAUACUCUCUGGUCAUGUGACCCACUGCACAAAGCAGCCUUUUUAAACUGAUGAGAGGAAAAUAAACUAAAAAUAAUUACGGUUUAUGUUUAUGUCUCACAUACCAGGAAGCGUUCGGUGCUUCGGUAAGGCUUUGUUCAUUUUCAAACUGGAAUAUUUUUUCCCAUAGGGGCAGCAGAGAGAAAGGUUGCUAAAAAUCUUCCCUCCACAAUAAAAGCCCUAUCACUC